AUGGCUGAACAGAAGCACCACCAUGGCCUCUUCCACCACCACAAGAACGAGGAGAAACCAGUUGAGGCUGAUGUCUACUCUGAGACCGUUGGGUAUUCUGAGACUGCCACAGGUUAUGAUGCUCAACCUCCUCCAGUCCCGGAUGUUGAUUACAAAAAGGAAGAGAAGCAUCACAAGCGUCUUGAGCAUGUUGGUGAGCUUGGGACUGCUGCUGCCGGUGCUUUUGCCAUGUAUGAGAAGCACGAGGCAAAGAAGGACCCAGAGCAUGCACACAGGCACAAGAUAGAAGAGGAGGUUGCCGCGGCAGCUGCAGUUGGAUCCGGUGGAUUUGCAUUCCAUGAGCAUCAUGAGAAGAAAGAAACCAAGAAAGAAGAAGAAGAGGCUCACGGAAAGAAGCACCACCACCUCUUCUAA